GUCAUGGACAUGUUCGCGGGCAAGACGCUGAUACGAGCAGACGGCAGCGAGCACCCUGCCGAGGAGGCGCUCUGCGACGUCAAAGUGGUGGCCCUGUACUUCUCAGCCCACUGGUGCCCGCCGUGUCGCCACUUCACGCCCAUCCUGGCCGACGCGUACGCUGAGGCAAAGCAGGCGCUCCCUUGCGGAGCCGAGGUCGUCUUCGUCUCCCUAGACCACUCCGAGGAGGACAUGGUGAAGUACAUGGACGAGUGCCACGGAAACUGGUACGCCAUCAAGUACGAGGAUCCCUGGCGAGAGGAGCUGGCGAGGAAGUACGUCACAGGAAUUCCCACCCUCAUCGUUUUCAAGAUGGACGGCACGGUGAUCAGUUCCUGCGGACGCGAAGAGGUUCAAGACCAGGGACCGGAAGUCUUCCGCCGGGUGGGCCGAUCAGGCGUAGGCUUAUCGCGGUUGAUCGCCCGUAGCUUGCCGUUGUUUUGCUGGCUCGAUCUACAGCCCUACGCAUUCUAUAGCCUGCCGAAUAAUCAAUCAAUCAACUAUAUUUCGUGUAAUGCGAAUAUUCGAAUGCUUACGAACAUCAAAUAUGAUACUACGCAAUUCUAUAUUCGAAAACUAAUCGAUUUUCGAACGGCAUUCGAUUCGAUCCUAGCGCUUUUCGAUUCAUACUGAACUGGGUCUAAAAAGUGAUUCGCACGCCGCUAUCGUUCAACCAUCAGUUGACGCUGAUGCUGAUGACCUCAGAUGGAUGGCGCUCACCCACAGAGCGGGAUGGGCCAAGAACUGGGCGGCAGGAUACUUAAACGAAACUAAAUGGAAAUAAAGCCAAUCUGAAAAAUUAGAGAUAAAAUUGCGAAUAAACAAAAAUGGUUGCUGAGCAAGCGAUCAAACCAUCUCUUGUUCCUGACAGACAUAGCUACGAAUUAUAAACUAAAAAUCUGAAAAGGUUAAGGUUCACAAGCACGGUUAUGUUUUAGUUGCAUUGAUGUAGUCAAACACAGUGGAGCAUUUAUCCCUAGUUGUAGCAGUAACCAAAUGAAGUGGCGCCAAGUGAUGAAAUUACUAAUAGAUUUACUUGUAUUUCUAACUUUUGUAAUAGGGCUUCUAAACAUAUUUUUUUCUGAUAAGAGUGACGACGACAAAAUAAAAAGAAAUGUUCAAUUGUUUCAAUUUCGUUGCAAAAAAAUGCACAGCGGUGACGCCUUGAGUCGAGCUUUCUUAAGGUCAUAAUUAAGUUGUGGAACUGUACAGCGCAAUCUGGUAUAAUUGACUUGGAUUGGAUUGGAUAAACUUUUAUUAUUGGAUAAACUUUUAUUUGGUAUAAUUGACUUCUAACUGGCGAAAUACACACCACUGUUUAUUCCAGCAAUACCUUAUAUGCUCGAAAUCUUUAAAUUUAUUAAAAUUACCUAUUCCGCAUCGCAAACAAGCAUUUCGGAACCUUAGCGCUGUCACGUAAGCUGUAUUUGGCAAAACUGGGAUGAUGGGCCCAAUCAGAGAUACUCCUGCGUAAGAGUCCGCCAUUUCGUUCAAAUAUAAUUCGCGGUGGCCUGGUACCCACAGCAAAUGUCAUUUUUUUUACGUUUUUCGGUAUUAAAUGAAGAAACGUGUUGAUCGGCGCUGAAUUUGCUGCCGCAGAAAGUGCAUUAGAUACUGACAUUGAAUUUGUAAUGAUCCCUGCUGAUGAUUCGCUUGAGGACAAUUUGCGUAGGGCAAGAACAAUAUCCAAUAAUUCUGCAAUGAAUACAGGGGUAUAGUCUGCGAGUCAAAUCGAAAAAGACAAGUCAAAAGAAGAAGAGAUGUCAGUCCCAGCUUUUUUUUUUUUUUCACACAGAUGCAUCAGUCGCAAUGAUAUUGCUUAUCUCCAAGUGAGGUAGAUAAUCUGCUAACUGGUCUUUUAAGUACCCCUGUGCCAAUAGUUUUGCCUUAUGAGGAAAUACAUCAUCAAAUUGUAUGCUGAGCAUAGACUUCAGGUUGUCUAUUGCGGCAACAUGUUUAAUUUUUACAUUCAGUUGCUGUAGCAUCGCUUGUGCAAAUAUGAUUUGCGGAGUGUGUUGUCGCGACCAAUGUGUUUCGAAGAAUAAAGUUGGUUCUUGA